AUGCCUGUCAUCACCAAGACAUCAAGCACAAACAGUAUGAGGAUGUUCGUAGUAAAAUACCUCUUCUUCUUCCUUGUCCUAAUUACAUUUUCACCUAUUUUUGCUACGAGAACACCAUUCAAAAAGAGUGAACCACGCAAAAGGAUAGUCCUGUACUACCACGACCUCCUCUUCAGAGGCAACUAUACAGCCAAUGCGACAUCCGCAGAGGUGACCAAGCCGACCGGGCUUGGCCAAUUCAUGCAAGGCCUGAUGGUCGUGUUCGACGACCCGGUCACGGAAGACCAGCACCUACACUCGACUCCGGUGGCACGAGCUGAGGGUCUCUACUUCUACAACACGAAGACCGCUUAUAGUGUCUGGUUCUCAUACACGUUGGUGUUCAACUCGACCGAGUACAACGGCACGAUAAACAUUAUGGGGGCAGACAUGCUGAUGGAGAAGACUAGGGAUCUCUCCAUUGUCGGUGGCACGGGUGAUUUUUUCAUAGCUAGAGGAAUCAUGACAUUCCAGACGGAGGCAAUUGAAGGGUUCAAAUAUUUUCGCCUAAAGAUGGAUAUCAAGUUGUAUGAAUGUCACUAG